AUGGAGUUUGCUAUAUCCACAACCCGAGCGUUACUUGGACUAGUCCUCCUUUUCAUCGCGAUCACUCUAUACUUGGUACACGUCAAUAAACUAAGUAAGCGUCUGCCGUUACCCCCCGGUCCCCCAGGGCAUCCACUUUGGGGCCAUCUACAGGUCAUCCCUAAAGAUCACCCCGAGCAUCAAUUCGUGAAAUGGGGGAAGCAGUACAACUCUGAUGUAUUGUAUUUCAAUGUUCUCGGUCGCAAAAUCCUUGUGGUCAACAGCGUGGAUGCGGCCCAUAAUCUAAUGGAUAAGAAAGGUGCAAACUAUUCUGAUCGCCCCCGCUUCGUUCUUUUCGAAGUCAUGGGAUGGGGCGUCACUCUCACUUUUCUUCGGUGGUCGCCUCGAUUCAAGCUCCAUCGGAAGCUCCUUCAGCAGUCAUUCACCCAAACGGCCUGCAAGCCAUAUCGACCUAUCCAGCAGGAGGAAGCCCGGCGGGCUGUCAAAGCCAUUUUGUGCAAGCCACAGGACUGGGAAUUACUAUUGCGGCAGUUCUCUACUGCUGUCGUAUUACGGAUUGGAUUUGGGAUUGAUGUCAAAGAAGAAAAUGAUCCCUAUGUCCAAAUGGCAAUUAACGUCGAAGAAGCCACCGGCAAAGGUGGUGUCCCGGGCGCGUCAAUUGUCGAUUUCUUUCCUAUAUUCCGCUAUCUACCCAACAUUUCUGAGAGAUUCUCUACAAUUUUCCAGCCCUUGGUCCAUGCCCGCCGCUCAAAGCCUACUAUUCAGCAGUUACAUGAUGCACCUUGGGAUGCAAUGGAGUCAUUGAUUCGGUCUGGCACAGCUACCCAGCCAUCAUUUAUGCUAAAUCACUUCGGUCGGUAUCUUUCAAACCAGAAACUUGGCAAAGUUAAUGAAGCCACCAUCGCCGACCUUAAAGGCGCCGCUGGAGCUAUUUCAAUUGCCGGUGGUAAUACGACUUGGUCGACCGUGAUUGUGUGUGUCCUGAAUCUUAUGAUGCACCCGGAAAUCCAAGCGAAGGUACAAGAUGAAAUUGAUAGAGUGGUCGGAUUAGACAACAACAAGGACCUUCUUCGAUUACCCAAUUUUGAGGAUCGAGCACACCUAAAAUAUCUUGAAAAUGUUAUUCAAGAGGCAACACGAUGGGCCCCGCUAUCUCCACUUGGUGUGCCCCAUGCCUCGCUUGCCGACGAUACCUACAAUGGAUACUUCAUCCCAGCUGGAUCAGUGGUAUUUGCAAAUGCCUGGGCUAUGUCGCGGGACGAGCGCUUCUACUCAUCACCGGAUGAUUUCAACCCAGACCGAUAUAUUCCUUGUACAGAGGUUGAGAGUGGAAAGGGGGAGCCCCUCCCAGAGGGACCCUUUGGAUUUGGAAGGAGAGUUUGCCCCGGGCAGCAUUUGGCUCUUGCUGGUGUGUAUAUCGUUGUCGCAACACUGCUGGCAACUAUGGAUCUGAGAUGCCCCGUCGAUGAAACAAGUGGUGAAAGAAUCGAGCCAAGGGUGACUUUCUCAAAUGGUUUGAGUGGCGUUCCUGAUAGUUUUCCGUGUGUCAUUACUCCGCGAUCAGAAAGAGCCAAAGAGCUGCUGCUUACAAGCUGA